CGACAGUGGCCAAGGAGAAGCAAAAGUACGAAGAACAAGCAGAAAUGGAUAGAGUGAAGGCCGAGGCAUUGGCUGCACAACGCGAGAGGAGGCGAUCCAGUCAGGCGGCAAUGCGAUCACGUCCGGGCUCUAAUGCCUCAGGUAUGUAUAACUAUACAAUUAUAUAG